AUGGAAACAAGAUUUACGCGUAUAAUCGAUGAAUUAACUCAACUCGGAAAGAACUAUACUCAAAACGAAAAGAAUCGUCGGGUUCUUAAAUCUUUGCCUCCGAGUUGGAAAGUUAAAGUUACUACGAUCAAAGAGAUGCACAAUCUCAAUGAUUACCACAUCAAUAACUUAUUCGGGAACCUUCGUGCUUACGAAGAAGAUAAUGUUCCGGAUAAGGUCAUUCCUAAAGUGGAAGACAAAAAGAAAAAUAUGGCUUUGAAGUCCAUCUUAAUCGAUGAAGAUGAAAACGACGAAGAGUUGAACGAAGAACUCCAAAAUCUCGACGAAAGCGAGAUAGCUCUUUUAACGAGACAACUCCGUCGUGUACUUCAAAGUAAAGCUCAACGGUAUGGAAAAGGCUUCCUUAAAUCGAAUAAUCAACAAAGAGUUUUUAACUCUAAUGGAAGGCCAAAUUACUCUCAAAAUUAUACUCCUAACAAUAAGAGUAAUUAUCCUACCACGGGCUAUAACAAGGGCAAAAUCAAUCAAAGUCCCAAUGGUUAUAAUAAUGCCAAUAACAAUGGUACUUACACUCCUCCUAAGCCAAAAGAACAAAAUCCGGAGGAAACACCUAAUGUGUGUUUUGAGUGUAAGCAACCCGGUCACUUUAAACGGGAAUGUCCUAAGCUCUCUAAGGGACGAAUUCUCGUGGCCGAAAAUGGUUGGGAUUUAAGUGAAGAUGAAGAAACUUCGGAAGCUACGGAAGAAGUGGUUAACUUGUGCUUAAUGGCUCUCGAGGAUGAUUCUUCAUCAUCGGACAUCUCCACUUCAAAUGAUGAGGUAAGCUCUCGUACUAAACUUUUACAUAAUAUGCAUCUUUUUAAUGAUUCCUCGUUAAACUUGCUAGAUAUGAGUAAAAGUGAUUUGAUUGAUUUGUUGGUUGAAAUGAAUGAAAGAAAUAAUAGUGUAAAUCAACAUACCCUCUCUCGGAUUAGUGAGUUAAAUCUUAAAAACGAGGAGGAAGUCUCAUCUUUAUGUGAACAAAACGAUUUCUUGAAAAAUGAAAACAACAAGUAUAAGGAUGUUGUUACAAAGCUAGAAAUCGAAAAUAUAUCCUUAGUGUUGAACACCGAAGAAUUAGAAAACGAGAAGCUACAAUUAAAUGAAAAUACUCGUAUGCUUCAUGUUGACUUACUAAACUUAAAAAUUCAAAAUGAGUCAUUGGCUCAAGGUAAGUCAAAUCCGGUUGUUCGAAAGGAUAAUGAUGAAUUGGUUCAUGCCUUAAGAGAAAAAGAUGAAAUAUUCGAGUUGGAAACUCAAAGGCUUAAAGAUGAACACUCCAAGAUCUUAGCUCAAGUUAUGGAUCAAGAAAGGAUUCUUAACGACAAAAUUAAUAUUUUGAGCAAAGAAAAAGAUGAUCUUGCGAGAACAAUUCAAAAGUUCACAAAAGGAAAUGAGUUGUUAGAUAAAAUGGUUCAUUCAAAAUAUCUUAUAACCAUGAAGGUUUAG